AUGUUAACACAGAAAGGAUCUAAUCCUGGUAUUAUAAACAUUGCAUCUUAUUCAGCACUUAGAACAACUCCAUAUUUAACUGUAUAUUCCUCAACAAAAGCAUUUAUAAUACAAUUUUUUAAAUGUCUAUCUGCUGAAAAGUAUCAAAAGAAUGUGAUUAUACAAAUAUUAUGUCCAUUAACUAUCUAUACAUCAAUGACUAAACAUGAAAAACCAUCGUAUUUUAAUCCAUCCGCUAAAUUAUUUGUUCAUAGUGCAUUAAAUAUGUAUGGUGUAGUACAACAAACUACUGGUUAUAUAUUACAUGAAUAUAAAGCUUAUUUAUUUGAUUUAUUACCAACAUCAUUAUGGAUAUUAUUGACAUAUGCUAGAGUGAAUGCACGUAAGAAAUAUGUAUAA